GAUAGCACUAGCAGCCGCGCGGAAAUGCUCAAGCUCACAAUAGCCCAUCCAUUCGCUCGGCCUUUCCUGCAAACAAGCGUGAGCCCGAGCCCGAGCCCGAGCCCAAGCCCAAGGCCGAACUCCAUACCUUUCCCCUCCUUGUCCUUGGGCGAUCGGUCGUUGGUCUUCAGACGAAGGUUGCUGUCCUCCUCCUUGCCCGCAAGCUCCGUGCAGAGCCCAUUCAUGGCUGGAGGUGAUGUUGGAUCUCUCGACCGUGGCAGCGUUGCGAUGGCGUACGAGGAGGCUUUGAACUGCUUGUCAUCUCUCAUCACUAGACGAACCCGAGCUGAUGGCACCAACAAGGGUGAUGAAUUCGAUCUCCUUUAUGACUAUCUUAAGAUGCUGGAGUUGGAUGAAUCUCUUUCCCAAUUGAAGGUCAUUCAUGUCGCCGGUACCAAAGGCAAGGGAUCGACAUGCGCUUUUACAGAGUCCAUUCUUCUCAGUUGUGGCUUGAGGACAGGGCUCUUCACCUCGCCUCAUCUAAUUGAUGUCCGGGAACGAUUCAGAUUGGAUGGAGUGGACAUCUGUGAAGAAAAGUUCUUAGCGUAUUUCUGGUGGUGCUGGGAGAGACUGCAGGAGAAAACUAAUGAUGAUGUACCAAUGCCAACCUAUUUCAGGUUUCUUGCGUUGCUUGCGUUCAAGAUAUUUACUGCAGAACAGGUUGAUGUUGCAAUCUUGGAGGUUGGCUUAGGAGGAAAAUUUGAUGCAACUAAUGUGGUUGAGGCACCUAUUGUUUGUGGAAUAUCAUCCUUAGGAUAUGACCAUAUGGAGAUCCUUGGGAAUACACUUGGGGAAAUUGCUGGAGAAAAGGCUGGCAUCUUCAAGCGAGGAGUUCCAGCCUAUACUGUGCCUCAGCCAGACGAAGCAAUGUCAGUGCUCAAGGAUAAAGCCUCUCAACUAAAUAUUUCUCUUCAAAUAGUGUCACCUAUGAAUAUUGAACUUCUGAAGGGUCAGCAACUUGGACUUCAUGGUGAACAUCAAAAUAUAAAUGCAGGCCUUGCUGUAGCCCUGUCAAGCACUUGGCUUAAAAAAACUGGACAUGCAGAAGGAAUGAAUCUUGAUGAGACUGCAUGCCUACCCGAGCAAUUUGUUAGAGGACUCGCAAUGGCUACCUUACAAGGGCGUGCACAGAUUGUCCCUGAUCCUCUUUUACAAUUUCAAAAUGAGAGCUUAAGCAAGGGAUGUCUAGUUUUCUAUUUAGAUGGAGCACAUAGCCCAGAAAGUUUGGAGACAUGUGCGACAUGGUUUUCUCAUGCUGUCAAAGAGGAUUCUCAGCAAUCAGGUUCUUUCAGGGAACAAACUGCCAGAAAUGAUUAUCAGCAAUCAGAUUCUUUGGAAGAGCAAGCUGCCAGAAAGAUACUUCUUUUCAACUGCAUGUCAGUGAGAGAUCCACAGCUGCUUCUUCCACCUUUGAUAAACACUUGUGCCCGCAAUGGUGUGUAUUUUCAUAAGGCACUCUUUGUUCCAAACCAUUCAGUGUUCAAUAAGGUUGGCUCACAUGCAACCCCUCCCACUGACCCUCAGCAUGUUGACCUGUCAUGGCAGUUGACCCUCCAGAGAGCAUGGGAGAACCUCACAACUGACAAAGGUGUUGGUAAUGAUAAGGUCUCACGGGAAAUUAGGCAUGCAGAUCUGAGUAAUACAAGGGACACAAUGAAUAGUUCUGUUUUUCCUUCACUUCAAUUAGCUAUUAAGUGGCUAAGGGAAAGUGCACAAUCGAACAGGUCAACUCGGUUUCAGGUCUUGGUGACUGGCUCCUUGCAUCUCGUGGGGGAUGUGCUGAGAUUACUUAAAAAAUGACCAAUUUGUAACAAUUCAAUCCUUGCGACUGAGUUCCUUCAUCCAAUGUCUAUUUCUUUAAUUUUUACUCAAGUGGAUAAAUCCAGCAUUGGUGGAAAAAAAAACCCCCACCUAUGACAAACAAAUAGAAAGUGAUUUUAAGGUGAUAAUCCUUGGAUUAUCUUUUAUAUGUAACACAUAGAACGCGAUUUGGGGGUUAAUCUGUUUAGCAUGUUGAGUGUCGUUUUAUCAGAA